AAUCACGGCAUAAAUUACACACAAAUCCAAAGCUGUUCGUCAAGUCUUGAGGGGAAGAGAUUGCACAUCAAGAACGGCGAGAAAACUCAACGUCUUUCACCAAAGCUCACUUUUGUGCCCUGGGUGCUCAUCAACGGGAACUUCACAGAAACCGAUCAGAAUAUAGCACUUUAUGGAGACUUGAAAACUUUGAUUUGUGAUAAAUUUCAGGGAACGACUCCACCGACUGCUUGUAAUUCUGCUAAUAGAGUCGAACCAAUAGUGAAAACGACCUGAUUUUUUGGCUGUCAAUCGACUCCUUUUACUCAUUCAUUGCAUAAUAGUUUGUUUUUAUCGAAAUUUUUAUUAUAAAUUGAGGUCUGAUUUUGCUUUUGGACCACUUUUUCGCAAAGAAUGUCGACUCUGAAUGCCGGCAGUGUUUCCUAUGUUUCGCCCAAAUUAUUUGAAACACAUUUUUAAAAUAUACUUUUUAGUGAAGUUUAUAUUCAAACACAAGUUAUCUUAAAUUUUUUUUUAUAAAAAUUGAUUAAUUUUAGUUUCUCGAAAAA